UUUUUAUUUUUAAUUUUCACCUUCCUUUCUCUUCAAGAGAGCGAAUUGCUCAAAAAGCUGCUUGAGAGGAGAGAGUAGUGUGUAGAGUAACGACGAAACCGGUGGUUGUUCCUCCCUCCCUCCCUUCCCUCCCAAUCUCCGUCCCCAAAAUCCCCUCUCCAAAACCCUAAUUUCUCUCCUCCUUCUUCAAAUGCUCUGCAAUUACCACCUCCAUUUUCCGUCCUAAUUUCACUAUUUCAUUUACACACACAAACACAUAUUUCCUUUUUUUUUUUGUGUGGGAUUUUUUGGGUUGAAGAGAUAUGGAUAUAGAGCAGAAGCAAUCGGAGCUCAUCGAUCAGUUCGUGAAGCAGGCGUCGGCUCUCUCCGGCUCCGCCCUCGCCGCCGUCGUCGCCGACGCCACCUCUCACCCCUCGCUCUUCGCCUUCUCCGAGAUUCUCGCCGUUCCCGCUGUUCUCCAGCUUGAAGGUACUGAAAACUCCGUGUACUUGGAUGUGCUUCGCCUAUUCGCACAUGGCACGUGGAGUGAUUUCAAGAGAAAUGCUGGUCGUCUUCUACAAUUGACCCCUGAGCAAGUGUUGAAGUUAAAGCAACUUACUGUCCUUACACUGGCUGAGACAAACAAGGUGCUGCCCUAUGAUCAACUAAUGCAGGAACUAGAUGUUAUAAAUGUGCGUGAACUUGAGGACUUCCUUAUUAAUGAGUGCAUGUACGCGGGCAUAGUUAGAGGAAAGCUUGACCAACUUCGAAGAUGCUUUGAGGUUCAAUUUGCUGCAGGAAGAGAUCUGAGACCUGGACAGCUUGGGUCUAUGAUACAAACACUGUCAAACUGGCUGGCUACAUCAGACGAUCUGCUUGUUUCAAUUCAAGAAAAGAUAAAGUGGGCUGAUAAUGUGAGUGAGUUGGACAAGAAGCACAAAAAAGAUGUUGAAGACAGGGUGGAAGAAGUAAAGAAGUCCCUUUCCCUCAAGAAGUUACACCCUAUGAGCAGGCCGACAUUGACUACCGAGGGCACGAGGAGAUCUACUCUGAACCUGGUGGAGUGAUGGACUACGAGGAAGACCGUAGCCGACCAAAGAGGAGACGGCAUCCGAUUUCGUGAAAAUAGGGAUAAGAGAUGUGACGAUGUGACUGAAGAUGGGUUUUCGAUCGACUUGCCAUGAUUUUUGCCAAUGGAAUUCCUAAUCCUAUAGCCGUUGAUCUCUGCAGUUGGAGAAAAUGCCGUUCCUUCCUCGGAUACUAAACCUGUCUUCUGUUGCUUCAGGCUCUUUCUUUCUUUCUUUCUUUCUUUCUUUCUAGUAAGGAUGUCUUGUAGCCAUUGUUAUCCCAAUUGAGUUGUCAAGAUGAAACCCAGAUUUGUUGGUGCGGCUUCCAUUUUGGAACGUAUUAUACUGAAACCUUAUUAAUUCCUUUGCGCCUUUUUAUGCUCCAAUCAAAGUAGCUUUUGAAAUGUAGAUCUUUCUGGAAUUUUAGUGUUGGUUUUUUCAUAUAUGAGCAGAAUAUUGUGCAAUGUUGGCACGGUUGCUAAUAUUACGAGGUCUACAUGAGGAAUCAUUCAUUUUUCUUCGCUA